GCACAGAACGUCUCUCUUUCCCCCAUCUGACUCGGUUCUCUACUGCUCCCGGCCGCCGUUGUAUUGUGGGAUCGCGGCGCCUUGCCCGAGAAGCUCGAAUCCGGCAGAGGAGUCCACUAGCUAGCGCCUCCUGUCGUCUGCAAAGCUGCCUUGCCAUUCCUCGGCACCCCAGCUCCCCCCCACCCCCGAAUCGCCUCCUCCUCCAUCCUCCAGUUCAAAAUGGCGGCGGCGGCGGCAGCGGCAGCGGCAGCGGCGAUGGCUUCUCAGGGCUGCCCGGGUUCGUGCCCCAACUUCGCUGUGGUGUGCUCCUUCUUAGAGCGCUACGGGCCGCUGCUCGAUCUGCCUGAGUUGCCGUUCCCUGAGCUGGAGCGGGUGCUGCAGGCGCCGCCGCGGGACGUCGGCAACGGAGAAGUACCAAAAGAAUUGGUGGAGCUCCAUUUGAAGUUGAUGAGGAAGAUUGGCAAAUCUGUUACAGCAGACAGAUGGGAAAAAUAUUUGAUCAAGAUAUGUCAAGAAUUUAAUAGCACCUGGGCAUGGGAAAUGGAGAAGAAAGGCUAUCUUGAAAUGAGUGUUGAAUGCAAAUUAGCACUGCUAAAGUACCUCUGUGAGUGUCAGUUUGAUGACAAUCUCAAAUUCAAGAAUAUUAUUAAUGAGGAAGAUGCUGAUACCAUGCGUCUGCAGCCAAUUGGCCGAGACAAAGAUGGCCUCAUGUACUGGUACCAGCUGGAUCAAGAUCACAAUGUCAGAAUGUACAUAGAAGAACAAGAUGAUCAAGAUGGCUCAUCAUGGAAAUGCAUUGUCAGAAAUCGAAACGAGUUAGCUGAGACCCUUGCACUCCUGAAAGCACAGAUCGAUCCCGUGCUAUUGAAAAGCUCCAGCCAGCAAGACAACUCUUCCCGGGAAAGUCCCAGCUUAGAGGAAGAAGAGACUAAAAAGGAGGAAGAAACACCUAAACAAGAGGAACAGAAGGAAAAUGAAAAGCGGAAAAGUGAAGAGCAGGCAGUAGAUUCAGAAAAUCGUUCUACACCCAAUUCCCUGGAAGAAACUACCGUGAAAAUAGAAAAAGAAGAUGAAAAGGAACUUGUAAAACUGCCAGUAAUAGUAAAGCUGGAAAAGCCUUUGCUGGAAAGUGAAGAAAAAAAGAUUAUCAAAGAAGAAAGUGAUUCCUUCAAGGAAAACGUCAAGCCCAUUAAAGCUGAAGUGAAGGAAUGUAGAGCAGACCCUAAAGAUACCAAGGGUAGCGUGGAGAAGCUUGAGCCGGAGAGGCUAGAGUUUGGUGUCAGUGUGAAAUCUCAAGAAAUUACUGAGAAGUCCUCCGAAGAAACUGAGAAACUUAAAAAUGACCAGCAGGCCAAGAUACCACUGAAAAAACGAGAAAUUAAACUGAGUGAUGAUUUUGACAGUCCAAUCAAAGGACCUUUGUGUAAAUCAGUUACUCCAACAAAAGAGUUUUUGAAAGAUGAAAUAAAACAGGAGGAAGAGACUUAUAAAAGGAUUUCUGCAAUCACUACUUUGGGUCAUGAAGGGAAACAGCUGGUAAAUGGAGAAGUUACUGAUGAAAAGCUAACUCCAAAUUUUAAGACAGAACAAAUGGAGACAAAGUUUUAUGAUACCAAGGAGGACAGCUGCAGCCCCUCCAAGGAUAAAAGUGUCAUGAUGGAGGGAAAUGGAGCAGAGUCCUUAAGUUCUGUCAUAACCAGUAUAAAAAUAGCUGAUCUUGAGAAAGGAGUGGUCCCUUUAGGGAAAGAUGGAGAAAGUUCAAUAGCAGAUUUAGAAAUCCAGAAUCAAAAAGAGCAGGGAGAGGAAACUGAUCCUCUAGAAAUGGAGACCUCUCUUGAGGCUGCUGAAAUGGCAAAGGAUCUCUCUUUACAAACUGCUUUAUCUACUGCCGAAUCCCAUACCAUGAAGGUUGAAGAGAAAUCUCCCAAAAGUAAGAAAGAUAAGCACCCACCAGUCCUAGAAUGUCUUGAAAAGUUAGAGAAGUCCAAAAAGACUAUUUUUGAUAAGGACACACAAAGAUUGAGUCCAAUACCAGAGGAGGUUCCAAAGAAUACUCUAGAAUCAGAGAAGCCAGGCUCUCCUGAGGCAGUUGAAACUUCCUCACCGUCUAACUUGAUUGGCCAUUGUGAGAAACCAGCCUCAGAGAAAGAAGUGGUAGAGCGUCAGAGCACAAGUUCCACCGAAGGUCAGUCUGCGGAACAAACAGACCGAGAACUUUUAAAAGAGGAUUCUGAACCCAUGAAGGUAGAAGUGGUUAACCCGGACAAUGCCCAGACUCCUGGCACAGAGGACUCUUCUGAGACCAAAGGCUCUAUGCCAAAAAGCAAAUUUAAAUAUAAGUUGGUUCCCGAAGAAGAAACCACUGCUCCAGGAAACACGGAGAUAACUUCUGAAAGGCAGAAAGAGGGCAUCAAAUUAACAAUUAGGAUAUCCAGCCGGAAGAAGUCAGAUUCUCCUCCCAAAAUUCUAGAACCAGAAAUCAACCAAGAGAAGUCAGAAAAGGAAGAAGAGAAAACAAAUGUGGUUCGUACUUUAAGGAGGUCUCCAAGAAUAUCUAGACCCACAGCGAAAGUGGCUGAGAUCAGAGAUCAGAAAGCUGAUAAAAAAAGAGGGGAAGAAGAUGAAGUGGAAGAAGAAUCAGCAGCUUUGCAAAAAACAGACAAAAAGGAAAACUUGAAAAAAAUCGACAAAGAUACAAAUUUUAAAGUAAGCAAGGUAAAAACCAAAGGCAAAGCUCGAUGGACUGGUUCUCGAACACGUGGCAGGUGGAAGUAUUCCAGCAAUGAUGAAAGUGAAGCGUCUGACAGUGAAAAAACAUCUGCAGCUUCAGAAGAGGAGGAAGAAAAGGAGAGUGAAGGAGCCGUCCUAGCAGAUGAUGAUGAACCAUGCAAAAAAUGUGGCCUUCCAAACCAUCCUGAGCUAAAAGCAGUAUGGUGUGAUGGGAAAAGCAUGGACCAGACAGACUUGGCAGCAGAUCCUGCUUCCACCACUUACCAGAUUCUUCUGUGCGACUCCUGUGACAGUGGGUACCACACGGCCUGCCUCCGACCCCCGCUGAUGAUCAUCCCCGAUGGAGAGUGGUUCUGCCCACCUUGCCAGCAUAAACUACUGUGUGAGAAAUUAGAGGAACAAUUGCAAGAUUUAGAUGUUGCCUUAAAGAAGAAGGAGCGUGCUGAACGAAGGAAAGAACGCUUGGUGUAUGUGGGUAUCAGUAUCGAAAACAUCAUUCCUCCGCAAGAGCCAGAUUUUUCUGAAGAUCAUGAAGAAAAGAAAAAAGAUUCAAAAAAGUCCAAAGCAAACUUGCUUGAAAGAAGAUCAACAAGAACACGAAAAUGUAUAAGUUACAGAUUUGAUGAGUUUGAUGAAGCAAUCGAUGAAGCUAUAGAAGAUGAUAUCAAAGAGGCUGAUGGAGGAGGAGUUGGUCGGGGAAAAGAUAUCUCUACCAUCACGGGUCACCGUGGGAAAGACAUCUCUACUAUCCUGGAUGAAGAAAGAAAAGAAAAUAAACGACCCCAGAGGGCUGCAGCUGCUCGCCGGAAGAAACGCCGGCGAUUAAAUGAUCUGGACAGUGACAGCAACCUGGAUGAAGAAGAGAGUGAGGAUGAAUUCAAGAUCAGCGAUGGCUCUCAAGAUGAGUUUGUUGUAUCUGAUGAAAAUCCAGAUGAAAGUGAAGAAGACCCGCCAUCUAAUGAUGACAGUGACGCUGACUUCUGUAGCCGAAGACUGAGGCGACAUCCCUCCCGGCCAAUGAGGCAAAGCAGGCGAUUGCGGAGAAAAACCCCAAAGAAAAAGUAUUCUGAUGACGAUGAGGAGGAGGAGUCUGAGGAGAAUAGUAGAGAUUCUGAAAGUGAUUUUAGUGAUGACUUGAGUGAUGAUUAUGUAGAAACUCGGCGAAGGCGGUCAAGGAGGAACCAGAAAAGACAAAUUAACUACAAAGAAGAUUCAGAGAGUGACGGCUCCCAGAAGAGUUUACGACGUGGUAAAGAAAUCCGACGGGUUCACAAGCGUAGGCUUUCCAGCUCAGACAGUGAAGAGAGCUAUAUGUCUAAGAACUCUGAAGAUGAGGAGCUAACUAAAGACUCAAAGCAGUCAGUUCGAAAACGGGGUCGAAGCACAGAUGAGUACUCAGAAGCAGAUGAGGAGGAAGAGGAAGGCAAACCAUCCCGAAAACGGCUACACCGGAUUGAGACAGACGAAGAGGAGAGUUGUGACAAUGUUCAUGGAGAGGCAGGUCAGCCUGCUCGUGACAGCCAGCCCAGGGUCCUACCCUCAGAGCAGGAGAGUACCAAGAAGCCCUAUCGGAUAGACAGUGAUGAGGAAGAGGACUUUGAAAAUGUAGGCAAGGUGGGGAGCCCAUUGGACUAUAGCUUAGUGGACUUACCUUCCACCAAUGGACAGAGUCCUGGCAAAGCCAUUGAGAACUUGAUUGGCAAAUCAGCUGAGAAGCCUCAGACCCCUAAGGACAACAGCACGGCGAGUGCAAGCCUGGCCCCCAAUGGGACAAGUGGUGGGCAGGAGGCAGGGGCACCAGAAGAGGAGGAAGAUGAGCUUUUGAGAGUGACUGACCUUGUCGAUUAUGUCUGUAACAGUGAACAGUUAUAAGACUUUUUUCCAUUUUUGUGCUAAUUUAUUCCACGGUAGCUCUCACACCAGCGGGCCAGUUAUUAAAAGCGGUUUUAUUUUUCCUAGAAAACUCCACUACAGAAUGGCUUUUUAGAAGAAAAAUUUCAACAAACCCUAAAGUCUUUCUGUGAAGUGACCAGUUUUGAACUUUCAAGAUAAAUAAUUGCUGUAAAUUCCUUUUCACUUUCUUUUUCCAAGUUCAUGGUCCUUGGUAAUUUCAUUCAUGGAAAAGAAAUCUUAUUAUAAUAACAACAAAGAUUUGUAUAUUUUUGACUUUAUAUUUCCUGAGCUGUCCUGACUUUGUGAAAAAGGGUGGAUAAGAAUGCAUUCCGAAUCUGCAAGGGCCCAAAACAGAAUUAGGGGUGGGAGAAAGCACUUGUGCUUUAGCUUUUUCAUAUUAAAUAUAUAUUAUAUUUAAACAUUUGUGGCAUAGAUGAUGAUUAACAGACUGUUUAAAAGGUCAAGUCUGUGUUGUUGCAGUUUGAUAAUUGUAGAUAACAUCAAACGUAAGUCAUUUAGUAACAGCAUUCAUGAAAUCAACUUGUUUACUAUUGGAGAUAACCACACUUGAUAAAGAAGAGACCGAGAAAAUACCAUCGUUUAAGAAAAACUAACCUAAGUUUGUUAUAGUGGAGUAUCUUGUUUUAAAAAAAAAAAAUCAUCUGAAAAGCAUUUGUAUAGUAAAAUGUAUAAUGAAGCUUUGACAACCAGAUUGUGCUAGCAACAGAUUUUUUUAAAACAGCUUUAUGCAAUGGUGGUGAGGUGGCCUCUAAUACACUAUCAUGGAGAGUUAUUAGUGACGUGAGUGUGGUCUUUUUUAAGGCCCAGGUAGACUGUAAACUUUGCCUAUAGUGGAACGUCUUCUGGCCACUUAUUUAAAUAUAUGAAAUACCAUUUUGAAACAAAUACAUCUAUACAUAACAUACAUGAAGAGAUAUUAGGCUGACAGUGGUAUUUUAGCACAUUUGAAGAAGGGGAAAGGAUUUUCAGGUGAAUUUUAACUGGUCUAUUCUUGCCCUUAGUAUCUACUUCAAAUUGAAGUCUACAAACAAAGCAGUUCCUUUGGGAGGUUUUGAGUUUGAGUUUUAGCGUGUGUGUGUGUGUGUGUGUGUGUGUGUGUGUGUGUGUGUGUGUGUGUGUGUGUGUUGAAAUUUCUUAUCUGCCUGGAUAUAUUAGCAGGGUUUGAAUGUAGUUUUGGCCUUUGGCCAUUAGACUUCUAUUAAAAUUCAUUAACAGUCACAUGACCAACAGUUGAUUGAAAACCGCCAAUGUACUUUAAUAGGCAUGACAUCCAUUUCAAACAUCUCAAAACUUAAAAAAAAAAAGUAAGCCCUUUGUUUCAAGAAAAGGGGUUUGUAACUAAAUAUCUAACAUGUAAUUGACACUAAAAUGCGAACUUUGUCUUAGUUUCUGUUACAGCUGUAAAAUUUCAGGCAGAGCCAUAAAUAACAUUGUACAAAGUGUAGCACUUGUGAUUAAAUUUUGCCUGUCAAAUUCUGAAACCUUCAGCCAUUACUUCUGUGAAUACUUUUGCCCUGGGAUUUGGGUUUUUUCUGUUCCAGUGUUGUCUGUUGCCGGCAAUGGACACACCAUAUCUGCUGCUGGCCCAAGGAACUUCAUUUAUUUUUCUUUCCAAAUUAAGCAUUGUAUGUGCUAGUCAGUGUAUAGUAAAGCACUUCUCUUUUUUAUUAUUAAAAAGCUGGCAUUAGACUUGCAUUAUAAAUACCUCUCUAGAAACUUUAUACUCCUUUUUUUCCUUCCUCAACAGGUGUUGCCCUUAAAUCUUAUCUUAUUGGCCUUGAAAGUUUAUAGCUGUUGUUUUCAGUUAUUGGUUCUUUUGUUUGUUUUGUUUCACUUUAGUUCUGUAGUACCUGCCGAUUAAUAUUUUUGCUUUGAUUCUAGCAAUGUAUAUGUAUCUGUAUAAAAAUAAAAUAAUGAAAGCAGCCUAAAAUUAGGGUGCACAAAUAGCAUGUGGUUCCAAGUAAAUUGUGAUUUUUAUUUUGAGACAAUGUUCCACUGGAAGGGAGGGGAAGGGCUUACAUUCAUAGACAGUAGAGCACAGCGCUAUGUAAGGAGCCACAUUCAUUUACAGGCCUCCUUUCUAGCUAGGUUCGUUUUCAUUUAUUUGAAAAUCUGUAAAGAAUGUUAGCUUUUCAAAACUAAAACAGGCUGGCAAGAGAAGGAUUCCUACUAGUGCAAGGUAAGUGGUCAGAAUGUGCCAGUAGCCUGGCCUGUGUCCAGUCUCCCUCCACUAUUUUAGUCCUAAAGCUGGUAAAGCCACUACUGCGUGGAAACUCCCUUGUACCCUGUUUCUACCUCUGGACACACCAGCUCCUGCUUCUACCUAUUCUGUUUAGUUAAGAAAAUGAUAAAAAGUAUUAAGUGGGUAGAUUAUUUCUUUUACAGGAUGCCUAAUGUGAAUAAGGAGUUCUUUUUAUUCUUCUGCUACAGAGAGCAAAAGGUAAUUUUUAUCAUUGUGAAGACUGAGUAUUCCAUUUCGCAAAUGUCCCAUUGAUAUGGGUGAUGAUACCACUUUUGCUGCCUGUUACUUAACAAACUUGAAUUAAGUGUUUGUGAAGUUGAUAGUGAGUAUAUCCCUUCUAUCCUUACAUUCUGAUUAUACCAGUUAUGUUUCAUUUACAAAAAUGUAAGUCAAGCAACUGAUACUUAUAAAUUACUAUGAUCAUGCAGGUAGAUUAAUUAUGGGUGAUUAAAUGAACAGUUCAAAACAACUCUGCUACCUGAUGUUUCGAUUCAGUCCCUGAAAGAAUCGGUUCACUGAAAUAUUAACUCCGAACAUACUUUGAAGAAGUUUUUUAAAUUGGGAAAAAGUAAACAUACUAUUUCCAAAAAUAUAAUUCAGUCAUUAGGAACUGGAAGUGCAUAGGAAAGCAGCAAUUCACAUAGAGUUUAGAACACUUUGUGUCCUUGUUAAUAGAGAACUAACCGUGGAUUUAGGUUCCCAGUAGCUGCUGUAGUGUAAUAGAGCCCUUUAAUACUUUAAACCUUUUUUGAAAUACAAUUUUGGUUCCUGGUAUAAAACUCAACAGUGUAUAGUAAAUGUGUUGAGGGGAGAUGUAGUUUAGUGCUCACUAUUUAGUUUGCAAUUUCUGUAAAGGUUUGAAAACAAGCUAAAUUGUCACGAAGCAGAAGCUUUGAAUUAAAUUAUAUGAAAAAAAUCUGAAAGUACAUGUUUGGUUUUUCAGACUUCUGCUGAUAAAAUAGUGUUCAGUGCAAAACAGUUUCCAUUGUUGGUACAUUACUAGAGAAUGAUGGCAGGAAUAUUUUCAAGAAGACACUUGAUAGAUUGAGAUUUGGUUUCCUUGACACAUCUUUUUCCAGUUGGUCGGGGCUUCAAAUUCAGAGAAUAAAGAGCUUCAUUUAGAAUAAAUUCAUGUCUACUGAAUAUCGUUUUAUAAGUGUGAUCUGCCAAAGAACCAAGGACUUCAAAUGCUGAAGAAGUUGUUGGAAAAGGUUUUUUAAACAAAUUAAUUUUAAAAGGCUAUUAUAAACUUGUUACAAUUUUUCAGUUGAUAGGACCCACCCCUUAAUGUGCACUUAGAUGUUUAAUUGUUAUUUAGAGAUAAAAUUGGAAAAUGUUAAUCUAUUUUUAGGUGGGAUUGAUAGAAUUUCUUUUAUCAUGAAGAUUGUCUUUUUAGCUUAUGUUUUAUGAGGUUGUGAGAUGUUCACCAUUCGCUAGUUUGUACUACCGUACGACCAGAAGGAACCAGUGAAUCUGCAAAUUUCAUACACAAAAACGUGGUGAACUAUGUCCUUCAGCAACACAGUGCAGGCCCAUGAUUCAUGGCAUUGCCUCACAGCUAUAGAUACGUUCUUUGAUGGAAUGAAUACACACACACAUAUGUAUAUAUAAACAUGUAUACAUACUUUAGCUGUUAGGAUUAAAACGAAUCCUUUGAAAUCAUUAAUUGACAUAAGUAUCAGAUAAUAUUGUAACUGAUAGGAGAUUAUAAACAUUUAAUUGCAGAAAGUCUAGAGAAAAAUAGUGAAGGGUCCUCUUGGUUUGACAUUCUAAAAGUACAGUCCUAGUUCUCUCAAAAAGUGAGAAUGCCAAAAUUGCAGAUUACUGCUGUAAUCUACCUGGUUCUCUGCUUAAUGUAUUAUUAAACUUACUUAGAAUAAAAUCCAUUCCUAUUUCAGCCACCAUUCCCAGUGUGUACCUAUAAGCCUACCUUGGAAGUAGCAAGCUAACUGCUGAUUUCUUCCUUAUUUUUACACCCAUCCUGAAAGACAAAGCAUUUUUCUAUCAGUGUAUUUAAACUGGGCCUAUUGUGUUACGUGUACUUUGUUUUCAAAAUUUUCACUUCAACUUAAAUGAUCAUUUGACAUUUUUUGAGUGCCAGGAAUUGCUAAGUAACUGUAAUGUGUUGAAGAUGGGAUUAUUCCCAAGCAAGCAAAGAGUCGUUAAAAGCCAAAAUGUAAUGUGCUUGGUAUAUGACCACUUCAGAUUGUACACGCAACACUUUUUUUAUUUAUAAACCCUCUCAGAAAUUGGUAAGAAUAGGACCCCGUUAGUGGAUUUUUCCCCUUAUUUUGGUCAUGUGAGCUCUGUUUGUUUCCAUUUUAUAUUUAUACCGUUUUGCUCUGGGAAAUGCUGCAAACCCAAUUCUGGCAAGUUGUAGUGAUUUCAUUUAGUGAAGAUGCUGUUUUUAUUUUAAUAACUUUUAAGAUGUCUAUUCUAUGCAUAAGUUAUAUGAGAGGGCAUAACAAAUUAUUAGAUGUGUAGAGAUUUCUUAUGCUCUUUAGGCAUUUUUAAUAAGAAAAACAUUUUUAAAGGAACUACAUUUGUGGUUUUUUGCCAAACUGGUACAAGCUAGAAAAUGCACUAAGGACUGAGUGACCCACCUUGUUCAUUUUGCCACUGGAUAAUGUAAGUUAAGAAUGGAAUUGUUAACCCUAAGUAUAUGUUUUCUUAACUUUCAUCAGUUUCUAAAGAAAUCUAAUUUAAGUGUUUGGGGUUUUAUUUGACCUGUAUUUAUUGAGUUCUGGUCAUAGACCGGGAGCCGCGUGUCAAAUGCUUAUGGAUAGCCAGAACACAGUCAUUGGGAAGCAUAAUGGCUCAAGACCUUCUGAAUCGUUUAACUUAUUUUGUAUGUUGCAAAAAAAAAAAGUUUAUUUUGCUUGAGAGUCACAUUUUUUAUAACUGUACAGCUUUUAAGGGAUGAGAAGUGGGAAAAUACCCUAAAAUAGGAUGUAGAUUUUUACAACUGUGUUUAUGCUAGAACACCUACAGGUGCAUUAUGUAAUUAAACCUAAGAUUGUUUUAAAAAAAAACAAUUGUGCCAUGGUCUUUUUCAUUCUCCUGCCCUUUAGCAAAGUUGGUGCAUAUUAAUACUGUUCUGUGGACAAGCUUUGAAAUUAGGCAAAUAAUCCUUGUUGCCAAAGCUUUAAGAUCAUUGCAUGAAAAUUAUACACACACAUGGACACAAACAUACAGAGAUCUAGUUUAUGUUAAUGUAAAUGGAUUUUUCAACUUCCGAACAGCUAUGAUAGCCCAAAUUUUGGCAGUUAAGAGCAUACUCUUAGUGUGUGAUUUUUGUGAUGCCUAACUAGGUUAUUCUCAGUGUUGGUCUGGUGUUUUGUUCUCUUAUCCAAGUAGCUUCUUGAUGAUGGAUCUGCAUUGUAGCUUCUUGCUCAGACCUACCGAGAGGUUUUAUAUAUGCCCUGAAAGGGAGUGUCCAGUGAUGGGGCUGGGGGUGGGUAGGACAGAGUUUGGUUUCUUUCAAAUUUGUAAAAGAAAUGAAAAAUCAGAAUUGCUCAGUUUGGUUCUUUUUAUUCAGUAGACUUGAUUCCACAGGAAUAUUUACUGGAAGCAUGGCGGGAAGGGAUAGUAAGAUGCUUCAAAUUCCAAUUCCCUCAUUUGAUAAAAAAAAAAAAAAUGUGAUGUCUUGUAGAGCUGCCGAUUCUAGCAGUGUUAGGCAUAUUUUACCAUAAGUUACACUAAGAUACCUUUGUUCAAAUGCCAGUGGGGUGUUUUCUUUUUGUUGUUGUUUUUUGCCAUCUCAUAAUUUUACCUUUCUAAUAUCUUAGCUUUGUAGCACAAGCAUAUUAAAUUCAUCUAAGUGUGUCAUAAUUUCUAUCCAAACUACCUUUAUCUUCAGCUAAUGUGGGAUGUCAGUUUCUUGGCUAUCCUCAUUUGAUGAGAGGUACAGUCUGGGAAUCAUGAAUUUCCAGGUGAAGAAUACAAAUUCCAGAUAAGAAUUUGUAAAUAAUAUGUUAGAUUUUCAUUUUGUUUUUAAAGUAAUAGCUGGAAUUCAGGGAGUGUUUGAUCAGAAUGCCUCUUGGAUUUUCAAGCAUGCUUAUAUGAAAUGCUUUAUUUUCUUAUGCAUAAAGCAAAUUAUUCCUGGAAUAGGUUCUCAGAAUGCUUUAUUUUGUUGCUAGAUGAGAGCUAAAGCAGAAGCUCCAAGAUUAACAAAACUGUUGAGGUAAUCAGGAUCUAUGUGCUAUUAUUAAUCAAAUAGAGGAAGCUGAAGUGCUCUCUACCACAUAUAUCGUAUUGCAUGUGUGUGGGGGGUGGGAGGGAAAGAGAUCUGAAAACUGGAAAUGUGAUUCCAAUAAUGCACAAAGUAAAUUUUGUGCAUGGGAAAUAUGGGAAUUCCUGGUAGCUUAAAGCUUCAGGGGCUAACUGCAGUGUAUGAACACCUAGUGUGUUAGAAUUGCAGUGCUUAGUUGUUUAAAUAUAUUCCUUGUAAGUGACAACCAAAAUAUGUUGUGGCUCGUGCCAAUAUUUUUGUUAAUGAAAUGUUCAAUGUCUCGCUACAGUCCGAUCAGAACUCUUGGUGUUAUAAGCUAGGCCUAAAGCUAUUUUAUAGCUGUUGGCCUAAUUGUACAAUAUAAAUUUUUCUUUCAAAAUGUUUUAUUGACUACUUCUGUCAUUUCCUUCACUUAAUAUAUGUCAAUUGUCAUAAUAAAAAAUUUAAAUGA